GUGAGGAAGUGUGGCGUUGUUUUGUGUUCAGAGCAAGUCGUCGUCAUGUCGUUUCAGCAAUAGCAUUUUAUUGGACAGUACUGUUAUAAGUGGCUGAACAUGCCGAAGGUCGUGUCUAGAAGUGUCGUGUGCUCGGACACCAGAGACAGAGAGGAGUACGACGACGGAGAGAAGCCUCUUCAUGUCUACUACUGCCUGUGCGGUCAGAUGGUUUUGGUGCUGGACUGCCAGCUGGAGAAGCUGCCCAUGAGGCCACGGGACCGAGCCAGGGUGAUCGACGCGGCCAAGCAUGCCCACAAGUUCUGCAACGUGGAAGUCGACGAAAACGCGUACAUCAAGAGAGCCGAGGGCAUCGAGAGGCAGUACCGCAAGAAGUGCGGCAAGUGCGGCCUGCGGCUCUUCUACCAGCACCAGGAGAAGAACAACACGGCCACCUUCAUCGUGGACGGAGCCGUGGUGAAGUUCGGGCAAGGCUUCGGCAACACCAGUGUCUACAGCCAGAAGCAACCGGAGGCCCCCAAGAAAGUCCGCGUGAUGAUGACCAAGCGGACCAAAGAUAUGGGCAAGUUCAGCUCCGUCACAGUGUCCACCAUCGACGAGGAGGAGGAGGAGAUCGAAGCGAGGGAGGUGGCGGACUCGUACGCCCAAAACGCCAAAGUGAUCGAGAAGCAGCUGGAGAGGAAGGGCAUGAGCAAGAGGAGGCUGCAGGAGCUGGCUGAGCUGGAGGCCAAGAAGGCGAAGAUGAAGGGCACCCUCAUUGAUAAUCAGUUCAAGUAGAGGGUCUUCAAUGAGGGACACACUGUGACACUAGUUAUCCUCUGGAGAGCCUCGUCCAAAGUGGAUCCGUGUAUGAUGUGUCCAGUCGUGGCCAGCAGUUUGUCAGGGGUGACACAGCACUCCCGUACAUAGAUGUAACAUUUGGACAUCAGUCCAGGACUGAUUAUGUGUUGCAUAUUAAGAUGGUGGUCUUGAGUUAAGGUUGUAGACCUUUAAGUUUGUUUAACAUGUUAUUUUGUACACAAGUGAGUAGACCAAAUAAACCUGUUUUGCUAUUUUUAAGGCAUGUGUUCUUGGUGGAAUAUUCACAGUGGUGUCUGCAAGUCCCAGUAAAGUCUUCAGGUGUUUGAAAUUGUGACUUCAGGGUCACUGAUCUUAAAUACUGUCACAUUUUGCAUGGAGCUCUUGCAAGUCACUAUUGUACACCUCUUAAAUAUGUUGCUGACAGAUAAAUCAGUGAAACACCAUUCUAAUGAAAAUUGGUAUGUACACUCAAUAAAGCUGAAGUAAUUAAUUCAAGAACAAUACUCAGCAACAAUCCUGAUAAUUAAUCAUUUAGGUCAUUUUUCAAGAAAAAUCGUCAGAGCUUCUCUGGUUCCAUCAAAUGUGAAGCUUUGCAGCUUUUCUUUGUUUUAUAUCAUUCUAAAUUGAAUGUGUUUGGGUUUUGGACUGAAUGUUUAAUUCAUAAAUAGAAAAAAUACUUGAUACUUAAUCAACAUUAAAGAUAUUAAUUUGCUGCACCUUUAUCAACACCAAACACCAGUGUAAAUGAUCAGAGUAAUGUUUGCUGAAUUCCAUGUUGUGACUUCAGUUUCUUAGUAAAUAGAAUAAAGCCAGUGUUAAUGGUAUUACACAGUA